CGCGGCGCCGUCGAGCCGCUUCGGGAGCAGAAGCGAAAAUGGCCGAAGGGACGCCGCUCGCGUCCGGGACCGAGAGGCUGCCGGGAUCGAGGCGGACUCGGCGGGCGGGGCGGGGCGGAGUCUGGGGGCAAGAUGGCGGCCUCGCGGCGAGGGAGAGCCUCCUCUACGGUGGUAUCCUGCUGCUGCGUCCCCGCGUCCCUGCGUCCCCAGGCCUCCACAGGCCUCCACAGGACGACUCCUGAAGUUGGCCCUCGGCUCCUGCCUUUUGCUCCUUUAAGCCCCAAUCCCACCCCCACCUUUCCCGCGCUGCUUUAUCUGAGGGGAACGUAUUUCGCCCUUUAUUUCCUGGCUACGCUCCUGAUGGUCGUGUAUAAAAGUCAGGUUUUCACUUACCCUCACGGUUACCUGGUCCUUGACCUGGCUUUGCUGUCUCUGAUGGGGAUUCUGGAAGCAGCUCAGUUACACUUGGGUGCCAAGGGCAACCUGCUGGAGGCUGAGGCACCGCUGGCCGCCAGCCUGGUCCUCACGGUGGGCAACGCCCUGCUGACGGUCUACUUCCUGCUCUGGCAGACCCUGGUGCUGUGGGCGGACUUGGUCCUCAGUGCCACACUCCUGGCACUGCACAGCCUGGAGGCCGUCCUGCAGGUGGUGGCAAUUGCAGCCUUUGUCAGCUAAAUGGGCAGUGCCCAGGCCCCCAGGACAGCCCUGGACAGGCGCCUCCUCCUGAGAGCUAGACUGUCCCCCAGCCAUCACCUCCCUUGCCGCUGACCCGCUGACCUGCUGACUUGCCGUGGUGUCAGAAGCUCAGGUGGUGUGGGGUGGUCUGUAGAUCUUCGGUGGAGGUGGGGCCUGGAACCAGGCAGAAGAGGGCGCUGGGGCCAGGGGCUGGGCACGGCAGGAGCUGGGAUGGGGCUGUCUCCGAGGGGAAUCACAGGGACAGGUGUGCAGCCCCCGCCUUUGGCUGGUGAGGCCCUCACUUCAGUUGCUACCCCGACCCCUGAGGACAAGGGACAGGGCCCUGCUGAAAGCAGGCAGCCAGGCUGGUGCCUCUGGGGGUCUGGCUGCCUCCCUCGGGCGUGGGGUUGGAGGUCCGUGCUCUGUGGGGUCGGGCGUGGAGCUUCGGGACAGCGGUAGGGGACAGGGGCCCUCCACCAUCUGCAGGCCCGUCCUGGACCAACAGUGCACUCAGCCUUCCUUGAGAAAGUAAACAGCAGGGCGCCAGGCGGCACAAGGCCCACAAGUCCUGCCCCUUGGGGAUUCUGAAGAAAGGUGAUCUGCAAACCCCGGGGCUGAGGAGUGGGGGCUAGAGACUGGCUGUCACACUUUGUCCCGGAAGGAUUCCAGCCAUGGGGUUGGUUUUGCGAGUGCGCUGUGAGUGCUCCGUGAAGAAAUCCAAGCGGACGUUUUCUAGUAACUCCUUCUUUUGUUUCAAUCGCACAUUGUCUGUGUUUAGAACAACCUUGUGUUCAAAUAUCUGGAUAUUUUCUCCUCACUUUUUUUAAAUAAAUGUUUAUAUUUCCCUGAA